CGUGCAGUUCGCUCUGGCGGUUUAAACAGGAAAGACUUUGCAGCGGAGACACAAAAUAUGGAGAUGAAUCUGUACUUAAUAUUGGGUCUUUUUGGAGUUAACAUAUUUGCCCAGACGUUGGACCCCACACCAUCCUCACGAGAGCAAUGUGGCCACCCCAUGGAUGAGGGCACCGGAGAGAAGCAGGAUCUGAAAUUCUACUACUCUAAAGAAAAGAAAGUCUGCGAUCCUUUCCACUACAAAGGGAUCGGGGGGAACGACAACCGCUUCGACAGCGACAAGGAGUGCAUGAAGGCUUGCUCUGAAAACUAUGCUACUGCCUACCCUGACGGAGCGGAAGUUUGCAAGCUCCCCGCGGACUAUGGCCGGUGCAAGGGCAGGCAGCUCAAGUUCUACUUCAACGCGAAGGAGGGCAUGUGCCGCACCUUCCUGUACAGCGGCUGCGCCGGCAACGGCAACCUAUUCGAUACCUACGAAGACUGUCUUCAGACGUGCCAGGGGAAAUCUGGUCGAUCCGGUGCCGGUGGUUCUGAGUCAAAUCCCGAUGCGUACACCGUGAAUAGUGGUUUGAUCGCCGGAGUUCUGGGUGGAUGCAUCUUCGCAGUGGCAAUAGUCUCUGCCGCUGCAGUAUUCAUAAAAAACAAAACCAAUGGCAGGAAGAAAGUACCCACAAAGGAAAUUGAAAUGAGCUAGAAGAAAUGAUAUUUCAUGAGCCCACACACUUGGGCAGUGAGAUGAUGCUGAUAAUUUUGUAUUUGACACUACACUAUUUUUCACAAAACAAUUUGUGUUGUGCAUUAUUUUUUGUUAUAUAACUGUUAUUGAAACUGUACCAAUUAUUACAUCAUAACAGAAUUUAGCGAACAUGCUCACCUAUGUGUAAAAAAAUGUUGUUUUUUGAGGCAUCAGACUGUUAGACUAGUUUGACCAGUGUUUGACUGGUGAUGGCGUGUUUAUAUCUUUACAUUUGUAUAGUAAAAACAAAUAAAACUAAUUGAUAUUAUGGAA